GAAAAGAUUGAUGGCUUUAGGAUUACCAAGUCCUCAAUGCUCACUACUCGUGGACAGGACGGUUUCCUACAUUCGAGGGUGAUGGCUUCCGUUAAUUGCAAGUCGACCCGGAUUUCUUUCCUCCAGUCAAUCGAGUUCUACCUUUAUUCACCAGAUGAAGAAGAACUAGAGCACGACCCUCACGUGGACGUCUCUUUUUACGACCCUUCCACUACUAACUGGAUUUCCGUCGCCAGAAUUGCCAAACUUUCCUCCGACCAUGACAGAAUCAAAAGACUGUGGAACACCAGCGCACGUGCUUGGUUUGGAGAUUUGGGUGACGGUGUUCACAUGAGAAAUGAGACCGAUCCUCGAGUUAGCAUUAUUGAGGUCAUUCCAGAGAAAAUUUAG